AUGGACGGCGGGCCGGAGCAGAAGAAGCUCCGGCUGGACGAGGAAUUCGCGGGCGACGAGGGCGAGGAGAUGGAGGGCGGCGACGAGGGCGAGGAGGCGGACGGGGAGGAGCUGGAUGAGGACUGGGCGCCGGAUGAGGAGACGCGGGCGCUGCUGAAUGAGGCGGGGCAGGCGCAGACCGAGCUCAAUAAGGCCGGCGGGGGCCUUGGCCCCUGGCCCGCCCCUCCAGCUGCCACGCCGCUUGCCAUUAUAAAUGAUGCGGCCAGCGAGGAGGUGCUGCAGGUGGAGCAGCGGUUCAAUGUGAAGCGGAAGCCAGUCUACAGGCAGCGCGGGGACGCGCUCGCGCGGAUCCCCGCGUUCUGGCGCCGCGCGCUGAUGGGCCACCCCUCGCUCCAAGAAUUCAUCACAGAGGACGACCUGGGGGCCCUGGGGGCGCUCGAGCGGGUUGAUGUUGUCGACAAUGACGACAUCAAGAGCGGCUUCACGGUGUCGUUCACAUUCAACACCGACACCAACACCUACUUCUCAAACGCGGUCCUCGAGAAAUCCCUUGCCUUCGGCGAGGACGCGUCGCUGGAGGCCAAGGCCACUCCCAUACAGUGGAAGGAGGGCAUGGAGCCGGCCCAAGCUGACGAGCGGCCGGGCACUAAGCGGUCGCGGGUGCCCGAUUACAACUUCUUCACGUCCUGGUUUUUGUCUGAGAAGUAUGCGCCUGGCACCCAGGACGCGGUGGCCGAGUACAUCAAGGAAGACGUGUGGCCGGACCCCGUCAAGUACUGGAGGGUGGGGCUGAUCCAGGAGCUGCCAACAGAGGCGUACGCCCUGCCCGCAGACGACGAGGACGGGGAGGGCGAGGAGGGGGAAGAAGAGUACGACGAGGGGGAGGAGGGGGAUCCCAACGGGGGCGGCGCCUACGGCGACGGCGGCUUCGGGGCUGCGCUGGCUGACGAGGACGAGGGGGAGGAGGGGGAUGACGACCAAGGCAGCUGA